AUGACAUCCCUUUUCUCUUGUUUAUGUAGCGGAGGCUUCGAAAAAGAUCGAAGUAUAAGGCGCGAUUGGAGCUUUGCUCAUUCCCCUCCGUUAGAUCCUGAUUUAUCUGAUGUUGAAGAUGAUGAUAAAUAUUAUACGUACACACAAAAAAGUGCAACGCAUACAAUUGCUUUAGGAGAGUCCACCACUAAAGUCGUCUAUACAAAUGAUGAUGAUGAUGAUGGUGGUGGUGGUGCUGAUAGUGGAUAUAUUAGUCAUGAUGAAGAUAUUUAUUAUGGGAAUGGUGAGAAUAACUCCAUUAAUGAUAGUGUUAACGGGGUUGAUAGUACACCAACCGUUGAUGGUGGCUAUGAGAAUGAUGAUGAUGGUGAUGAUGGAUAUGCUAGUGCUAAUGGAGGAGAGGAAGAUGGUGGAGACGAUAACUAUAGCGGAGAUGGUGGGAGUAGUUUCCGCGGUGGUGACUAUGAGAGUGCAUGA